AUGACACGGCUGCAGAAGGAGUACAAGGCUCUGCAGCGGGAGCCAGUGCCGCACCUGACGGCGCACCCAACCACCAAUCUGCUAGAGUGGCACUUUGUCCUGGAGGGCGCGGCGGGCACAGACUAUGAAGGCGGAGUGUAUCACGGCCGGCUCGUGUUCCCACCCACAUACCCCUUCAAGCCCCCCUCCAUUCUCAUGGUCACCCCAAACGGCCGCUUCGCCACCAACACCAAGCUCUGCCUGAGGUGCGGGCGCUCACGCAUGCAUAUUGCUCGGCGCCCAGCGCAGGCGGCGGGCCGCGCAGCGGCGGCGCGCGUAGCUGGGGUUGUGGGGCAGCAGCAGCAGCGCCGCGGCGCUGCGAAAGUGACCGUCGCUCCUGGCGGCGGCUCGGAGCAGUCCUGGAACCCCAUGUGGUCUGUGGGCACCAUCCUCACGGGUCUGCUGUCCUUCAUGUACGACAGCCAGCCAACCACAGGCAGCAUCACCACGACCAAGGCGGAGAAGCUGCGCAUGGCGCGGGAGUCCCUAGCGUUCAACUGCAAGAACUCUACAUUCCGCAAGCUGUUCCCAGAUUGGGUGGAGGAGCACGCCAAGCGGCAGGCGGCGGCAGCGGCACCACCCGUGCAGCCCACGGCGGCGGCGACGGCGACCGGGCAGCAGCAACAGAAGGCGUCGCCGCCAGGGGCCGCGCAAGCAGGAGCAGAGGCGGCAGCGGGGUUGCCACAGCAGCAGCAACAGCAGCAGCAUGCGCUGGGCGCGGCGGGCGUGGCGGAGGGCGGGGGCGGGGCCCGGGGGAAUGCGGGCGCGCCAGCUGCCGGCGGGUCGAGCAUGUUCACGGCGGCGGUGGUGGUGCUCGUGCUGGCGAUUGCAGUGUUCCCGCUCUGCAGCAGCGACAUGCGCGCCAGCCUUGCGCUGCUAAAAAGCAGGCUCUUUUCACCAGACAGCCUGUAA